AUGGUACCGUCACCGGCUACUCAGAGCCUGUUGAUAGCAGAAUCUUCGGGUUCUGAAGAUAAUGAUUAUGAUUCCCUCUAUGGGAGUGGCACCGGCACCGAUACAACAUCACUUUCAUCUUCAAUAACCAAAUACAGAUAUGAAAACGGUCGGCGAUACCAUGCCUACAGCGAUGGCAAAUACUGGGCCCCCAAUGACGAUAAGCAGAACGGGCAGCUAGAUAUAUUUCACCAUAUAUACUCUCUCGUACUAGAAGGAGACCUUUUCAAAGCCCCAAUCGGGAAUGACCCGCAGAGUGUCCUUGAUCUAGGUACUGGGACCGGUAUCUGGGCGAUCGAUAUGGCGGACAAGUUCCCGUCGGCCCGAAUCAUUGGGAAUGAUCUCUCGCCAAUCCAACCUGAAUGGGUACCCCCAAAUCUCCAAUUCGAAAUCGAUGACUUCACGAAAGAAUGGGCACACCAGUCCAAUUCUUUCGACUUCGUGCACGCCCGUGCCCUCUAUGGCAGCAUUAGUGAUUGGCCGCAAUUCAUCUCCCGUGCAUACGAGGUCACGAAGCCCGGCGGAUGGUUUGAAUCUGUUGAGACGACAGUCGAGCACCUCAGCGAUGAUAACUCCAUUCCCAAAGACUCUGCAGUUCUAGAGUGGGGCCGCAACUGCAAGAUUGCAGAGGAAAAGAUUGGAAAGAGUUUCACUCUGGAGUACAAGAUUAAGCCGUGGAUGGAGGAGCAAGGAUUUAUUAAUGUGGUUGAGAAGGAGUAUAAGGUGCCUGUGGGGCCGUGGCCUCAGGAUAAGCAUCUUAAGGAGAUCGGGAAGUAUAAUUUGUUGAAUAUGCUGGAGGCAGCUGAGGGAUUUACAAUGGCGAUUUAUACGCGCGUCCUUGGUUGGGAUCCGGUUGAGGUCCACGCUCUGCUGGGACAGGUACGAGCGGAAUACCUUAAUAGAAAAGUCCACGGUUAUUACAGAUUAUUCGUUGUUUACGGUCAAAAACCAGAGGAUGCAUGUAAGGAUGCCGAGUAG